AUGGAUCCUUCCAAUCCUUCCCAUCUUGGAAAAAUGUUCAUGGAUUUUAUGAAUGACGGCAUGGACGAAGAACUUGUGAAGCUCUACUUUGAAAGCCAUGCGCAAGAAGAAUCUGAGAGCUCAAGUAGGCCUAGACGCCGAAGAAGGAAUAUAGAGAGGAAUCGUGAAGAAGGACAUGAGCGGCUAUUCAAUGAUUAUUUCUCAGAAACUCCAGUGUACACGGAUGAGCAAUUUCGUAGAAGGUAUCGAAUGCAUAAACAUGUAUUCCUUCGCAUCGUUGAAGCUCUUGGUCAACAUAAUGAGUAUUUUCAAUUGAAGACUGAUGCAACUGGUAGAUCAGGUCUUUCACCGCUACAAAAAUGCACUGCUGUUAUUCGUAUGUUGGCAUAUGGAACAUGUGCUGAUAGUGUGGAUGACUAUUUGAGAAUCGGUGAAACCACAACAUUAAAAUGUGUUGAUAAGUUUACAAGGGGUGUGAUUAGUUUAUUUGGGCCACAAUAUUUACGAAAGCCAACAACCGAGGACAUUGAACGCUUGCUACAGAUGGGGGAGGCACGUGGCUUUCCAGGUAUGUUAGGGAGUAUUGAUUGUAUGCAUUGGGAAUGGAAAAAUUGCCCAGUUGCAUUGAAAGGGCAGUAUGUUCGAGGUGAUCAUGGUAAACCAACGGUUAUGCUUGAAGUCGUUGCUUCACAAGACUUAUGGAUUUGGCAUGCUUUCUUUGGGGUAGCGGGUUCAAACAAUGAUAUCAAUGUGCUGAACCAAUCUGAUGUCUUCAACGAUGUUAUGCAAGGGAGAACUCCUGAGAUCCAUUAUUCAGUCAAUCGACAUGAAUACAACAUGGGCUAUUAUCUAUCAGAUGGCAUUUAUCCUGAAUGGGCUACAUUUGUGAAAAGCAUCCCAAUGCCACAAGGGGAUAAGAGAAAAUUGUUUGCUCAACAUCAAGAAGGUGCAAGAAAGGAUAUUGAACGAGCAUUCGGAGUUCUCCAAUCCCGUUUUGCGAUCAUACGUAACCCGGCUCGAUCUUGGCACUUGGAUGCACUGAAACGUAUAAUGAACACGUGCAUCAUAUUGCACAACAUGAUUGUUGAAGAUGAACGUGCAACAUAUGGUGGCAAUUUUGAUUAUUCUUAUGAUCAUUUGAGCAAUGACCCAAUUGCACCACCGGACGAUUCUAAUAAUGAUUUUCAAGAGUUCUUACGUAGAAGACAUCAUGUUCGCGAUAAGCAAAUUCAUCGACACCUUCAACAGGACUUGAUAGAACACAUAUGGGAACGUUUUGGACAUGAGAAUAAUCAGGAUUAG